AUGGGUUUCUUGGGAUUGUGGAAUAUGUACUUGUCAACUGGCCAGGCAGUUCAACCCAGAAGAAUAUCCCAGGAUAUGCUUGAGGGUUUAUUUGGUACGAUAAGGGAAAUAAGUGGUGACUCUUCUACACAAACAGUCCAAUCCUAUGGAUAUGCGAUAAAUAAAUCAACUAUUAUGAUGCAAAUGACAUCAGAAAUACAUAGCUUGAAUUAUGGUUCAGCUGAUGGCUCAGUUUGCAUGCUUACUGAAGGAAUUGCCGGACAGCGACACAUUGUGACACACAGAGCCAGAAGAUAUCUAGCCAUCAUGAGACUCAAUCCUACCUUCAUUCGCCGAAUAUUUCAAGAACUUCUUAAUGAUAAUUUA